UCCGUUCUGCAACUUCAUAUCAUAUCCAAUCCUUGUACUCGGCGGUCACGUCGUGUUUUUCGUGCGUUUCGUUUGUUUGUAUCCCGGUUGUGAAGCCUCCAGGGGAGUGACGACGCUUAUUUGUCAAUUGAGGAAGUGAAAACAGUCCCAUCGGAAAACCCAAACAAACCCUGGGAGUGAUCGGCAAGUGCCUUAGAUAGCAGAAUAAAAAUGGCAUUCAGUUAUAAAGCAGUUGGAGUGUUAUGUGUGGUGCUAGCGGUGGCAACAGCAUUACCUGCAGAAGAUACCCGCACCUCUCGAAAUGCCAUCAAUACUGAGGGUGACCUGAUGAGCAGCAUUUACAAGGAUUGUUUGCAGUCAGAUUCGGUGUCCUGUGUGAAAUACAAGAUCUUCAGCUUCUUUGACAAAGUGGUAGCAAAGCGUAGCGCGUUCUCAUUGACCGACGGUGUCACCGUUGUUAAAACGCCAGGAGUCGAAACUGACGGUGCUCCACGUUCCCUCAGUGGUGACGAGUCUAUUGAGCAGCUAAUCCUGUCUCGGCUGCAGAACUUCCUGUCGACUCAUACAAUUAAGGUUGACCUGAAGGGAUCCGACAUUGUGAACGCUGUCACUUCAACUGGACGUGCCUUGGAGGAUGUUUCGGAAAAUCUUUUGGAAGAAGGUGAAGAUGGCGCCGGUGAAGCUCGUGGCAAGAAAAAGAAGGCUGCCAAGAUUUUAGGCCCACUGAUGUUGGCCGUUGCCCUGAAAGCUGCCGCUCUGCUGCCACUUUUAUUGGGAGCGAUUGCUUUGAUCGCCGGUAAGGCCCUUCUGAUCGGAAAGAUUGCCCUUGUUCUGUCUGCCAUCAUUGGUCUUAAGAAACUGCUGUCACAAGAAAAGCAUGUCACUUAUGAGGUAGUUGCUCACCCGCACCACACUAGCAGCCAUUCCACGAGCCAUGGUGAUGCUUAUUCGUUGGGAGGAUCAUUCGGUGGUGGUGAUACCGGCAGUUAUGGUGCCAGUUCCGGACAUGGCAGUGGCUGGGGACGCGCCAUCGAUGCUCAGGAUCUCGCCUAUCAAGCCCAAAAACCAUAAGCAGUCACACCCCAUCAUGGACCUGGAAACGAUAGUCGAGACAUUAGUUACACGAAAUUCGCAACUGAUUGCAAGUGUACUCCUUAGAGGAGUUUACUGUUAAGCCCCAAGUACCGUUCAAUACUCGAAUCAAUGAGUGCAUUGUUGGCAUCAUUGGUUUCACCUUUAUUUAUUUAACUUAAUUAGAAGGUUCUGUCUUCAGUAAUUGAUUUUGAUAAGUUAAAUUAUUUGAAAUAUUCAUCAAGUUUUCGCGUUUGAGUAGACGCUAGGAAUAAUUUAAUUUAUUUAGCCAAGAUUGCAAGCAAACCAAGCAUAGAAAGCAGAAAAAAAACAACAAAAAAAACAGAAUUGAAACGCAUAUUGUGUGACGAACAUCAACUGCCAAGCAAAGAUUUGUCUGAUACAUAUUUAUCUCUCUCUCUCUCUCUUUUUCUACCUAGCUUCAAACAAUCAAAUCUUUUCAAGUUGAAAGCAUAAUUUCCAAGUGUAGCUAACUAUUAGCGCUUACUUUAAGAAAAAAACGCACUCUAUUGUACUAUAAUUUCCCAUAACCUACGUCUUCUAAGCAUCCUCUAUUCUACUAGAUUCUAGCCUUCUUAGCCGUAUCGCAUAUGUCAGCUUCCAACAGGUAUCUGAAAUGUGCAACUUAUCUACAUCGUUCCUGUAGAAAUUUUCUUCCUUAGUGUAAAAAUUCAUCCACAGGCAACUCGUGGAACUUACCGCCAAAACAACAAACUUCAUCGAAAUACAUUAAAAAACAAUCAUCGUCAGAAUGCAAACGUUUCAUUCUUCACCCAGUAACCAUCUUUCGGGCCUUUGCUUCUUUGGGGCACCGACCCAGCAGUCGGAGAAUGCGGCUGCCAUGAAAAUUAUCCCGAUUCACUGCACCACAAAUUCUUUCCCCCCACAGCAGUGAAACCUUACUGGCAAACUAACCUUCAUUUCGGUCUAUCUUUUACGUUUAUUCCUGUUCUUCCUGCUUUCUCCGCUCUCCGUUCUGUUCAUUCACCUUCCUUUCACAGCAAACCGGUCAUUCUUCCGUAAGUGAAAAGUACUCAAUAAAAACUAGUUUUGUUGUGAAAAAAUAAUAAAACGAAAAAUUCA